AUGCUGCUGUCUGCGGCGCGCUCUGCUCGCACAAGGCUGCUGGAGAAGUUCCAGGGGUCGUUCCCUGCCUGGUCUUGUCUCCCGGUGCUGGGCCGCCGUGAUGGAGGUCUCAACAGAGUCAGCACCGCCAUCGCAGCAGUUUGCCUGUUCCUGUUCAUCUUGGCGAUACGCCAUCUCCAUCCUACCGUGCUGUGGUCAGUUGCCUAUGACCCUCGCCUGGUGUUUUGCGAACACCCUAUCGCGCAACUCGUGCAAAACGCCCAAAACACCUUCAACGCAACAUUAUCGCGCCAGUCGCAAUCCCUGGAAGAGGCUGUGGCCCAGUACAAGCAGCGCUAUGGCAUCCCGCCGCCGCCGCAUUUCGACCGCUGGUACGAGUUUGCGACAGCCCGCAACACCCCCCUGAUCGAUGACUACGACUCCAUCUACCACACUCUGCUCCCCUUCUGGGCCAUCCGCCCAAGCGUUCUACGCGCCCGGGUGCGCGAGGACCUGGGCCACGACAACCGGCUCAUGGGAAUCUCCAUCCGCGGCGGCCAGGUCACCCACCUGGGCAAUGGGCAGGGCGAUUUCCAGGCCCCCGCGACGGUCGCGAUGCUGACGGCUUUUGCGCACUGGCUGCCGGAUCUCGACCUGGCGUUCAAUGUGCAUGACGAGCCGCGCGUGAUGAUUGCCCAUGAUGAACUGGAGGCCAUGGUCGCUGCUGCUCGGGCAUCGCACGCUCGGUUACUCAAGACCGACUCUACUAAUAAGACCUUUUCGCAACCCCCGCCGGAACUACAGGCGCCCAUCGAGCCGGUGCCCUGGACGCGGUUCUACGAUCUCGAACUCCAACGGACGUGGCAGGCGUCGCGGAUGUCCUGUCCGCUGGACUCGCCGGCGCGCGCACUGAACGACGACGCGCCGGACAAUACAACAGCCUACACGGUCUCGCCGCUGGGGCUCGUCGCGAACCAAACGGCUUUCAGCGACAUCUGCCAGAGCCCUUCGCUACGGCGGAACUUGGGGCUGUUCAACCGUCCAAAUGCGUAUAAGAUCACGAAUCAGCUAUCUCCGGUCUUUUCGACUUCCAAGCUGUCGACCUUCCAGGAUAUCACCUACCCCUCGCCGUGGUACUAUUCCCAGCAGACUGCCAACGACGCCACUGAUCGAGACUGGGACAUGCGCAGAUCCCAGCUGUACUGGCGGGGGUCGACCACCGGCGGCCACAGCGAGGACGGCGAGUGGCACGAUCUCCUGCGACAGCAUGUCCUCAGUCAGCUUAUUGACCCGGGCGAGGAACCACAUAUCUUGCAGCGAAACAGUAGCGUGAAUAUUUGCAGCGAGCCCACCGGAGCCGGAGCCGGAGCCUGGGUAUUGAACACGGCCGCCCAACUAACUCAGGACACCAACGCCAGCACCACCACCAGCUACUUCAACACAGGCUUCACCGAAAUCUUCCAAUGCUCCCCCGCCGACUGCUCAGACCAAGAAGCCUUCUUCGGCGUUAAGCAAUUCGAACCCCAAGAAGAAGCCUGGAACUACCGCUAUCUACUCGACAUGGACGGGCACGCAUACAGCGGGCGCUUCUACGCGUUCCUGCGCAGCGCCAGUCUGCCGUUCAAACUGUCGUACUUCCGCGAGUGGCACGCUGAUCUCCUCCUUCCGUGGCUGCACUAUGUCCCGGCGAGUCUGCAUGCGAGGGAGUAUACGGAGCUGGUUCGGUACUUUGAGCAUGAGGGCGUGGCGACGGCGCGUGCGUUGGCGGGUGCGGGGCGGGAGUGGGCGGCGAGGGUUUUGAGUAAUGAGGGUAUGGAGGUUUGGAUGUUUCGGCUUUUACUUGAGUAUGCUCGCGUGGUUGACGAUAAUCGGGAGACGCUGGGUUAUGAUGUGGACCGUGAUGUAUGA